CUCAGGAGAUGUGAAGAGGCUUGAAUGGAUUUGGAGAAGCCAGCCUCUUUUCCACAUAUACUUUUCUGGCAAUUUGCAAAAAGGAAGAAGACUUCACUUUGGUUCACAGUCUCUCUACUGGUGGUGUCCAUUUUCAUACUGACCAUAGGUCUGGCAGCUACAACAAGAACAGAAAAUGUUACUGUGGGAGGCUACUACCCAGGCAUCAUUCUUGGCUUUGGAUCUUUCCUAGGGAUUGUUGGCAUCCACCUGGUAGAGAACAGAAGACAAAUGUUAGUAGCCUCCAUCGUGUUUAUCAGCUUUGGCGUGGUAGCAGCAUUCUGUUGUGCAAUAGUUGAUGGAGUGUUUGCAGCACGGCAUAUAGAACCUAGACCUUUGUAUAACAGAAGAUGCCAGUUUUAUUCAAGUGGAGUAGGAUUCCUAUAUGAUGCCUACCAAACAGAGGUGACAUGUUACACCUUAAACACCAAGUGCCAGCUGAAAGUAAAGAGUAACACGUGCUAUUGCUGUGACCUGUACAACUGUGAGAACUCAGAGCAGUCCUCCAGCUACUAUGAAUUUCUUGGCGUGAGCAGCUGUCAGGAUGUGGUUCACCUGUAUAGGUUGCUGUGGUCCUCCACAGUCCUGAACAUCAUUGGGUUGUUUCUGGGGAUCAUCACAGCAGCCAUUCUUGGAGCAUUUAAAGACAUGGUACCUAUGUCCCAAAUCGCUUUCAGUGCCGCACCACCUCCUCAGAUCCUGUACAACCCUACCCAGCAGAUCCUGACAUAUGCUGGAUUUUGUCCUUCUGCAGCAACAAUUUCUACAUAUCCAUCCUACCCGUUGCCCCUUCAGCUGAAAAGCUGUGCUGUUCGGCAGAGUUCAGUUAGCAUGUAGCCAAGAGUAAAGAGAGAAGGGGACAAACAGACAAAAGCAAGCAAUGAAGCUGAAAAAAUGCAUGUAAGUAGUCCUGAGGAUCGAUUGCAACUGCUCAGUCCUUUGUCCACUGGCAAACAGAAAUAUUUAUCCCAAAUUCUUAAUUGCAUUCGAAAACUAGCACUUAAAUACUCUCCCCCACCACAAGUUUCUACUUUUUCUAAGAAGCGUGUUAUUUAUCUUCCCUUCCUGACACUCAGAGGUGGACAUCACCAGCUGUCUCCAAGUCAGGAGAGGUUAGCAAGAAGUGCAGGGCAUCCAAAAGGGAAAGCACUUAAUCCUUUUCUUGGAAGAAAGAAAAAAAAAAAAGCAAACAGUCUUAGUGUAUGUAUAAGCUAAUAUGUUGUACUUUGGAGACAAUUUGUGCUUCGAUAUAAUGCAAUAUUUAUGAGGUAUCAUAAACUUACUCAAAGUUACAAAAAAGUGAAUGUGAGAAACAGACUUUAUUUGGAACAGCCAAAUGCUCAUAUAACAUGCUCAUCCAUUGAGAGCUGUGGGCUGAACCCAUAGGGCUGGAGGCCUUUACAAUCCUUGUUAAUGCCCUGCUGCUGCAUUCAGACCUCCAGAAGACCUCCUUAGCUGGUGCUGGUCCUUAAGGCAAUUGAGAAGUCUGGACUACUGUGAUUAAUGUAACUAAAUGCAGGGGCCGUUGGCUGAGAUCUAGUGCUGUGUGAUGAGACCAGGUAGCCACCUGGUACCUGCUGAUGCUUUAAGAGAGUCCAGGUCUCAACAUCCCUAUACCAUAUCAGUAUGGAUGUCUGGCAUGCUGCAUGGCACCCCAAAAGGGCUAGACACUGAUGUGCAGGCAGCAGAAUGAAGAUGUCUGCAGUGUAGAACACUCCAUCUGAGUGAGUCUGUUCACCUAGGUGGUGAUGUCAUUGAGACCUGAAUGGAGACAUCAAAAUUCAAGGCUGAACCCUGUAUCUUAUGGCUGUGACACGGUUGCCUGAUGAUAUUACAUCUGAGAUGGCCUCAGGUUUGCCAGACAGCCAUAAAGCUAUCUGAUGGCCAAAGGUCUACACAGGCCUUGCAUUUACUUUUGGAGCCUCAGAGGGUAACCAUGAGCAUCUCCUGGGUGUAAAAUUUUUGCUUCCAAGUAGACCAGGAUCCACCUCUGCCUUGGCAGUACUUAGUAACAUUACCACGGCUGGGGACUCAGAGGGUGACAGAGCCCCAACUCCCAGGAGCGCUCUCAGGGCAGCCUUGCCAUGCAAGCCCUGCCACAGGUAGAGGUGGUGCUGAUGGCCUCAGCAUUGAGCACCAGGAGCUGAGCUCACAUGGGAAGCCCAACUGGAGGCUGGCAACUCAUCCUCAGUCCUCAUUCCCCCUCCGGUAUCCUUCCUAAGGUUACUGGUGAGGAAGACCCUAAGAUGCACCUUUCUUUCUCUGCAUUCCCUUUGGCUGCACACCAUUCCUGCUUUUCAUGCUGACUUGCACCUGCUCCAGUUAAGGUAGGGUCACACACAUGGUGGCUCAGGGCAAUAAAAGAAACAAAAUUCGUUCAGCUAAGAGUUCACCUAAGAAUUGAUCAGGUUAGUUUAGUGGGGAAAGUGGUAAGUGGACAGUUGGACUAGAUGAUCUUGGAAGUCUUUUCCAGCCUUGGCAGUUUUGUGAUUCUAUGAUAUGUUCCUAGUGUUCUGUAGUAUCUCGCUGAGUAACUGCUUGCUGGAAAGGUGAACAGUCUUAAAAAAAAUAAUUAAAAAUCACUCUUUGGGGUGUUAGUAAAUGCUUAGUUUACCUCACAGUCUGUCCACAAGCAGAAACCAGAAAAUGCAAAUAAAAAGAGACAACAGGAAUGCAUUUUGACAAAGUUGUAAUCAGCAGCUCUUUACUGUGGCAUGUGAUAACAAAAUCACUCAGUCCUUACUGGAACAACUCAGACACAACCAGUCUUAGUCAGAGAGCUGCCAGCUGGUCAGGUAAAUGAUUAGCUGUGUGGAGGCUGGAGGUGAUGACAGUGGUAUGGUUGUGGCAGCCGUGCCUGCCAAACAAAGAACUCAUUACAGAAGCACUGCCAGACAGAUGUGUGGAAACGGUGGAUGCAGUUCAAGGGUGAGAGAAGCAACAGCUACAAAAAAACAAAAACAAAACCAAACCAGAAACCAAACCACACUAAGCUCAACAACUAUGUUUGGAGCUGAUCUAGCCAGCAGGUCUUUGGGUGUUACCUCCACUGCCUCCUGGAUAAUGGCGGUACAUAAACACCCUUCCUGCUGCAAAAUCUCUUUUCUCACUAAGUCACGCUGUGGUACAAAUGCAGGACUUUUCCUCUCCAUGGGAGUUUGCAGUCCCCUGAGGUCCUACAAAGAAGCUAGAUGGGUACUGUGGCAUGGGGACUGGUAGCCCUGGGUAGCUCUGAGGUUCCACCAGCAAAGUAUCAGCCCUGGUAUCACUAUCUAGAUGGUAAGUACCCAAGACAGCACUGUUUUCUUGCUUGGAUUUUUUCAUUUCCCUUGAAAUAACAGAUCCAUGAUUACUAUUAUUUUUAUUUUUAUUUUUAAAUUCCAGGCACUUUAGGCCUGAACCUGAGGGGAACUGAGCACAACUCUUCUGAUGAAGCCCAUGGACUGCCAUGUGCUGGCAUGUGAGGGGAGGAGUGAAAUCCUGACCCUCUUGUGAUAAAUGGCAAAACUUGGCUUAAAGUAGUAGUAGGAUUGUAUCCAAAACUUUAGUUCCUGGAUGCAUCCUUAAGUUUUAACAAACUCUGGUUGUUACUCAGCAUGGGCUGUUUCCUAAGGUCAUUUGUCAUGCCUCUUUCCAGCCAAAGCCCCAUAAUAACUGAGACAGCUGAAAGAGCUACAGGGAGACACAUGCCUAACUGUAAAUUUGUUUGUAAGAGAAGUCUGCAUUUGGCAUAGCAAUAAGACCCUGCAUUUAAGCAAGUAUUACAACUCUGAGAUAACUUACAUGUCAGAGUGAUGCCUGAAGACUAGCAGCUGCACAUAACUUAAUCAGCCAGUUGGGUUCCAUGCCUCACCCAGGAAACCUGCAGAAAUUAUUGUCCUGUUCUGUUGCUUAGCUGUAUGCACAAUGUCAAUUAAAAAUGACUUGGGUUACAGAUGGAAUCUGUCUUCUUUCACUAUAAACUGUAUUUGCUACCCUUAUGCAGGUGUUCGGAGUGCUGUGCUGCAAUGCAAGAGAAAAUUAACCAUGGGCCAUACUGGAUAAUACUUACCUGAUAAUACUUAUCUGACUUAACUGACAAACAACUAAGAGCUGCAAAACAGGGGUCAUAAUUCUUUAUUGAAGAAAAUAUUUUUCUUUGUCUACAUACAGCCUGCCAGCAAUUUUCCAGGAACAUCAUCUACUGACAUUUCUUUAUCAGAAGAUACUCAGCCUCCCUCUCAGUCCAGCUCCAGCUACG